CCAAAGUGCUAGGAUUACAGGCAUGAGCCACUGCGUCCAGCCUAUUUUUUUUUUUUAAGACAGAGUUUCGCUCUUGUUGCCCAGGCUGGAAUGCAAUGGCACAAUCUUGUCUCACUGCAACCUCCACCCCACACCCUCCCCCGGGGUAAAGCCAUUCUCCUGCUUCAGCCUCCCAAGUAGCUGGAAUUACAGGCACCUGCCACCACGCUUGGCUAAUUUUUUGUAUUUUUAGUAGAGAUGGGGUUUCACCAUGUUGGCCAGGCUGGUCUCGAACUCCAGACCUCAGGUGAUCCACCUACCUCAGCCUCCCAAAGUGCUGGGACUACAGGCAUGAGCCACCGUGCUCAGCCUUUAAAAAAAAUUUUUUUUGGCCUGGCGCGGUGGCUUACGCCUGUAAUCUCAGCACUUUGGGAGGCUGAGGCGGCAGAUCACGAGGUCAGGAGAUCGAGACCACAGUGAAACCCCAUCUCUACUAAAAAUACAAAAAAUUAGCUGGGUGCAGUGGCGGACACCUGUAGUCCCAGCUACUAAGGAGGCCGAGACAGGAGAAUGGUGUGAACCCGGGAGGCGGAGCUUGCAGAAAGCUGAGAUCACGCCACUGCACUCCAGCCUGGGUAACAGAGCGGGACUCCGUCUCAAAAAAAAAAAAAAAAAAAAUUUCUAAUACAGUAAGUAGAACAGUGAUGUGUACAGUAGUCUCCCCUUACCUGUGGGGGUAUGUUCCAAAACCUCCAGUGGAGGCCUGGAACCAUGGGUAGUGCUGAACCCUAUAUACGUGAUGUUUUUUCUGUAUGUACAUGCCUAUGCUAAAAUUUAUUUCAUGAAUUAAGCAUACUGAGGAAAUAAUUAAAUAGGACAGUUAUAACAAUAUAUUAUGAUAAAAGUUAUGUGGAUAUGCUCUUUCUUUUAACAUAUUUACUCACCUAUUUUCUACCCGCAGUUGACCAAGGAUAACAAGCUGAGGAAAGUGAAACUGAAUAAAGCGACCGGGCGUGGUGGCUCACGCCUGUAAUCCUAGCACUUUGGGAGGCCGAGGCGGGCGGAUCACGAGGUCAGGAGAUCGAGACCAUCCUGGCUAACACGGUGAAACCCCGUCUCUACUAAAAAUACAAAAAGAAAUUAGCCAGGCGUGGUGGCGGGCGCUUGUAGUCCCAGCUACUCGGGAGGCUGAGGCAGGAGAAUGGCGUGAACCCGGGAGGCAGAGCUUGCAGUGAGCCGAGAUCACGCCACUGCACUCCAGCCUGGGCCACAGAGCGAGACUCCGUCUCAGAAAAAAAAAAAAAAAAAAACUGAAUAAGAGGGCACUACUGUAGUACAUGGUAACAUCAAAUACAGCAACAGCCCAGGUGCAGUGGCUCACACCUGUAAUCCCAGCACUUUGGGAGGCUGAGGCUGCAGGAUGGCUUGAAGCCAGGAGUUCGAGGUUGCAGUGAGCUAUGAUUGUACCACCGCACUUCAGCUUGGGUGACAGAGCAGGACUUUGUCUCAGAAAAAACCCCACAAAACAGUAAUAUAGAAGCCACAUAAGCAGAUGCUCGUUAGGAGCCCUGACUAUUUAAGAAUGUAAACAACACAAUUUUAGAACCAGUGGCAAGGAGGGUACUGGACAUUUCCAUCUUCACCACGUGCCUCCUUAUCUUUCACAUGUUGUUUCACUCUGUCUCUUCUCAGCAUUGGCUCUGACCAGCAUUUGCUCACCUAAUGAAUGUUUAUGAGUGCCCGCUGCAUGCCUGCUGCUGUGGCUGCUUGGGACACAGGGUCUAACUUUGGGUACUGGUCUGUGGGGUGGUGGGGGUAGGCAGGAGGGAAGCAGCUUGGCAGCUGGUGCUGAUGUUGGAAGCGGGGGGACAACAGAGGCAGUUCUGGCUUCACAGAGGAGGGAGUCGUGUGGGGGCAGGCUCCUCCCAGAGUAGGGCACGGCCUGCAGGAGCUCUCAGGUGUGUCUGUGGAAGGGAUGAGGUGGGCUUGAUGCCCCUGUGGGAAGUGCUUUGCAUGCCAGGCCUGAGCAUGGACUUUAUACUAGGCAUCAGGAAUUUAUUGAAAGCUUUUUUUUUUUUUUUAAUUUUUUUUUUGUAUUUUGAGAUAGAGUUUCACUCUUGUUGCCCAGGCUGGAGUGCAAUGGCGCGAUCUUGGCUCACUGCAACUUCCUCCUCCUGGGUUCAAGUGAUUCUCCUGCCUCAGCCUCCUGAGUAGCUGGGAUUACAGGCAUGCACCACCAUGCCCAGCUGAUUGUAUUUUUAAUAGAGAUGGGGUUUCUCCAUGUUGGUCAGGCUGGUCUCAAACUCCAGACAUCAGAUGAUCUGCCCGCCUGGGCCUCCGAAAGUGCUGGGAUUAAAGGUGUGAGCCACGAUGCCCGGCCCAUUGAAAGCUUUAAGCAGGGGAGUGGCUUGAUGAGAUGGGUGUUGAGAAAGAUAACUCAGGGUUAUUGGACUCUGAAUUGGAGGGUACAGGGACUAGGCGAGGGUUGGCUGGAGGGGUUGCAGGGGGUUGAUUGUGUUCUAAACGCUGAUAUUUUCACUUAGAGUGGCUCUGAUUCUGCCCUUCUUUCUCCUGUAGACCUUGGGAGGUUGCCUGGGAUUUCUCCCUCCUGGACAACUUCUGUUGAGUGAAGCAUACCUGCUACCCCAGGUGUGGAGGCCCCAGGUUCUUUUGCUUUGUAUGAUUAGGACAGGGUGAUAUUUUCUGGGUUAUCUCUUGUGGGAACUGAGCCCUCCAAAGCCCUCAUUUGUGCAUUGUUGUCAUAGCUGCCCAACUGUGUGGCCUUGCUGAGUUUGACGGCUGUGGACCAGGUGAUCUCUCGGGUGGUAAAAGGGAGGUGCUCUGUGAGUGCACCUCAGCUUUAGCCUCUUGGCUCCUCCCUGGAUUGGGAUUUCCAGGGAGGUCUCUUUCCUCUUUCUUUUUUCUCUUUCUUUUCUCUCUUUCUCUCUCUCUGUUUUUUGUUUGUUUGUUUGUUUUUUAAAUGAGACAGGGUCUUGCCGUGUUGCCCAGGCUGGUCUUGAACUCCUGGGCUCAAGCGAUCCUCCUGCCUCAAUCUCCCAAAGUGCUCAGAUUAAAGGCAUGAACCACCACACCCGACUUUCCUUUCUUUUGAGACUUCUGCACAGAGCAGGCUCAGCUUCCUUAGUAGACUUAGCCAUUGAACUCUAAGAAGUUAUUUACAAAGGUGUAAAUAGGCCGGGCAUGGUGGCUCACACCUGUAAUCCCAGCACUUUGGGAGGCCGAGGCAGGCGGAUCACUUGAGGUCAGGAGUUUGAGACCAGCCUGGCCAAGAUGGUGAAACCCUGUCUCUACCACAAAAAUUACUGGGUGUGGUGAUUGGUGCCUGUAAUCCCCAGCUACUCGGGAGGCUGAGGCAGGACAAUCGCUUGAACCCGGGCAGCAGAGGUCGCAGUGAGCCGAGAUUGUGCCACUGCACUCCAGCCUGGGCGACAGAGGAAGACUCAAAACAAAAACAAACAAACAAAAAAAAACAAAGGUAAAUUACACGUAUAUAUGUGUGUGCACAAAUCUUAAAGAAUAGAGUGAUAAGUAGUGGUAAACCCACUAUUGGUUGAAUCAUGGGUGUCCCACUAAGCGUGACACCGUUGUUCCCUCAUGGCCACAUAAGAAAUAGCCUCCCAAGUUCCUGGGACACCCCGUGCACUUCUCCCUGGCUUAUUCCCACUUCCCUCUAGAGGCCAGCAGUCUUCUGAAUUGCGGGUCAGCCAUUCGCUGGCUUUUGUCGGUUUCCCACCUUUGUCUGGAUCCUGAAACUGGGAAUGAUUUUGGCUCAGUUCGCUGGGAGCUGGGUGUCCUGUACUCUUGGGACACCAGGAGCAGCAGUUCCUGCGUUCCCAUUCUCCAUUUCAGUGUCCAAGGUGGCGCCAUGCACACAUAAUCACCUGUCCUGCUGGCAGUGAGCAUUUGGGUGGGUUUCUGGGUUUUGUUUUUGCUGCCUUCUAAGUAGCUGACUUUUCACCCCCAAGCUAUGCUUCUUGAGGCAGAGAAGUGCCAGUUUAUUUUGUUUUCUGUCUCUAAAUCCAGUUCCUUAAUGCACCACUGAGACUCAGUUUAGAAGUACAGUGAAACUUUGUGAGCAUUUUUCUCCCUGAGUUUGAAUGGAUCCCUCUCUCAUUCUUUGAGUUUUUGGGCACUUGUCUCUUAGACACUUUCAAGUUACCUACUGGACAGGAGAGACCUCUUCUCUAUAAAGUAUCACACUUGGAGGCUUUUCAGGCACAGGACCAUAGAUUGUAAUAUUUUCCAUAGCAAUUGUCCUAUUUUAUCUGUAAAAAUUGCUUUUUAAGGCCUGGCACAGUGGCUCACACCUGUAAUCCCAACAUUUUGGAAGGCUGAGGCAGGAGGAUCACUUGAGCCCAGGAGUUUGAGACCAGUCUGGAAAACAUAGUGAGACCUCAUCUCUACAAAAAAUUUUAAAAAUUGGUUGGGCAUCGUGGCAUGCACCUUUAGUUCCAGCUACUCAAAAGGCUGAGACGGGAGGAUCCCUUGAGCCCAGAAAUUAGAGCUAUGAUCGUGCCACUGCACUCCAGCCUGGGCCACAGAGCAAGACCCUGUCUCCAAACAAUCACAAAACUUCCAAUGGAUGCCGAAUAUAUAACUUUUUUUUUUUUUUUUUUUCUUAUUUGGAGUAAAAUAACUUGAUCCUUGAUCUUUGGCUGUAGCUCCUGAGCCAUUUGAGGCACUGGGGGGUUUGUGUGUUGAUUACCUAUGAAGGAGUAAGUGGGCUGUUUCCUUCUCCCAGCGGCUUCCUUUGACCCCACAUCCCUGAGAGUCUCGCCCAUUUUCUUCUUGGCUUCCUCCCUUUGAUAUGCCCAGCCGGCUCCUGCCCUACCUGGCCGCCACCAGGACCUGCUGGAGGCGGUUGCUGGGAAUUAUUUGGUGUCCUGUUUGAACCUCGCUUGCCGUGCUCCCAGAUUUCCUGUUUCUCCUGGGCUUGCCUUUCAGGAUUUGCAGAACCCCUUCUCCUUUAGAAGUGUCAACUGGGGCUGGGUGUGGUGGCUCACGCCUAUAAUCCCAGCACUUUGGGAGGCCGAGGCGGGUGGAUCACCUGAGGUCGGGAGUUCCAGGCCAGCCUGACCAACAUGGAGAAACCCCGUCUCUACUAAAAAUACAAAAUUAGCCAGGUAUGGUGGUGCACACUUGGAAUCCCAGCUACUCGGGAGGCUGAGGCAGGACAGUCGCUUGAACCCGGGAGGCGGAGGUUGCGGUGAGCCGAGAUUGCACCAUGGCACUCUAGCCUGGGCAACAAGAGGAAAACUCUGUCUCAAAAAAAAAAAAAAAAAGUCAAUUGGACCUUAGGACAACUUAAAAACAUCAGGUUUUUAUCUUUUAGAUAGCAGACAUGAGUCUGCUCUUAAUAAGGAUUUACAGUAGUCUCUCUGUUUCCUGUGGGCUCCUGGCUGGCUUGUGUGAGCUCCCUCCUCUAGGAUGGGCACUCCAUCCUGGACAUUGCCGCGUUGCCAGCUGUCCUGCCAAUAUUUUGCUUCCUGUGGUGUUGUUAUUGGUUGGGGGUCCAGGAGAGGUUGCUGCCUGGACUGAGUCUACUUGCUGAUCAGGAUGAAGUUGAUCUCUGCUUCCCUUCUGAAGGUUUCUGUGCACUGUAUUGAAUUCAAGGACAGCCUACGUAAGAAGUGUGCACAGCUCCAAGAGUUCUUCACAAAUGAUUAUGCCCUUGUAACUAGCAUCCAGAGUGAGAAACACAACCCUGGAAGCCCCUCACGUAUCCUGAAGCUUUUAGUCACUCUCAACCCCCACCCAUAAGAUUAGUGCUGCCUGCUUUUGAAUGUAUGCAAAUGGAACUGUAAUAGUCUUUUUGGCUCUGGCAUCUUUGCUCAAAAGUAUAUUUGAGAGAUUCAUCUGCAUUGUUUGUAAGUCAAACCAUGUGAAAUUAUCAGCAGUCAGCUGUUUUUUUACCCCUAAAAGGUAAAUUCAUACAGUUCAACCUAAACGUUCUGUCCUGUGCACUGCUGGAUCAUAGUCUUUUAUACCUGCAGCUGUCCCUUCUCAGGGUGGGCAUAGUUGUUUUCCAUUGUUGGGCCUUCAUGAGUGUGCCUGCCUGUUUGGUGUGCAUACGUGUGCAUUCUUGUUGGCGUAUACCUUGGGUGAGUUUUUGGGCCCACAGCUAGCUAGCUAGCUAGCUUGUUUGCUUUAUUUAUUUAGAGACGAAGUUGGCUCUUGUUGCCCAGGCUGGAGUGCAGUGGCGCAGUCUCAGCUCACUGCAAGCUCUGCCUUCUGGGUUCAAGUGAUUCUCCUGCCUCAGCCUCCCAAAUAGCUGGGAUUACAGGAGCCUGCCACCAUGCCUGACUAAUUUUUGUAUUUUUAGUAGAGACGGGGUUUCACCAUGUUUGCCAGGCUGGUCUCAAACUCCUGACCUCAGGCGAUCCACCCACCUUGGCCUCACAAAGUGCUGAGAUUACAGGCGUGAGCCACCACCCACGGCCUUGGGCCCACAGUUUUAGAUUGUGCCAUCCAAGGGUUUUCUAAACCAUGUGAGUUUUCUGGCCAGGUGCGGUGGCUUAUGCCUGUAAUCUCAGUACUUUGGGAGGCUGAGAUGGGCAGAUCACUUGAGGCCAGGAGUUGGAGACCAGCCUGGCCAACAUGGUGAAACCCCAUCUCUACGAAAAAUACAAAAAUUAUCUGCGGGUGGUGGCGCACUGCGCUUCUGUAAUCGCAGCUACUCGGGAGGCUGAGGCAGGAGAAUUGCUUGAACCUGGGAGGCGAAGGUUGCAGUGAGCCAUCUCGCCACUGCACUCCAGCUUGGGUGACAGAGCAAGACUCUCUCUCAAAAAAAUAAAAAAUUAUAAAGUAUGUGAGACUUCUGGUUGCCUUACUGCCUGGCCAACAUUUGGUGUUACCUUUUUCCUGAUGGGCUUUGACGUUCUUAUUCUUUCUGGAACAGUCCUGGUCUUGUUUAAAAACAUCCCCAUUUUCCUUUCAUCCCUGGGAGAUACUCUUUUAGUCUUUGUUUGGCUAGUCAAAAUCCCGUCUUUAGUAUCUGUUGUUGAAUUUUUGUGUUUUUGUUUUUUCUGAUUCCCUUUCAGCAUGUCAUCUCAGUCUUGUCCCAGCCCGGGGGUCAGGCGGUGUUGCGUACAGACGGUGCAGUGGCUCCUUCAUGCUGGUUGCCUCAGAGCCUUUGCCAGGCCUGGAGAACUGCAUAGGUGCAGGACUGCCAGUAGUUCUUCCUGCUCUUCGAUCAUUGAAAUGUUUUCUUUUGUGAAGUAAUGAUGGUAGAAGAUGAUAGGGUUUCUGUUUGUUUCUAAUUCUAGUCUUUACUUGGCAUUAAGAAAUUGUUAGCUGCUAGGGUUGAUUUUGAAAUUGUGAAGUUGGAGAGUCCCUCCUGGAGCUGUGGGUUGGAUGGCUGCAGCUCUGUGACUCAGCUGUGCUGGGUGCCUCCCUUUGGGGCUCAGUUACCUCCUUUUAAGGUGUCCCUAGGGUGAGAGAGAUGAUCACGAUAGUCCCUUCCACCUGGGCGGCCCAGGCUUUCCUCGCCCAUUUAGUGCCUUGCAUGUAGAAUUUCCACCUGUUGUCUGCUGUGCUGCCACUGCUUGUCCUCCCUCCCUGCCACACAGAGCUGUGUUCUCUGCCCGCCACUCACGCCUGCUUCUCUGAUCAGGGUUUGUGGAACCCUCCAGCGUGGUCACCAUUCUGGUACCUGUGGUAACACGCUCAGCCUUGGUGUGGCACAUUCUACCAGCCUGUGAGCCUGUGUACAUGGGACAUGUAUCUUCAUUUUGGGGGCUUUCUCCUUCCACUUGAUGCCCAUCCCUUGAGCGUUUACUACUUGUGGAGCGCUUGGCUUUCAGGCCGUAGAGAGCUUUCCAAUCAGUGGUGUCCAGGUAAAAACAAAAGAAGGAAAAAAAGGUUCUAACCUAGCCCUUCUCAGACUUGACUGUGCGUUUGAGCCCCCAGGGUUCUGGUGGUUAGGGCUGGAUGGAGUCUGAGCCUCUGCAUGUCUAACAAGAUCCCUGGUGGUGCUGCUGCUGUUUCUUGGGUCAUGGCCAGUGAGCAAGAAGAGCAGGGAAGUGGGCUGGAGAGGACUGCAGAAACCGGCACAGGGCCUGUUUUGCCUCCUGACAUACGUGGCUGCCAGAUUCCUGCUUUUUCCUCACCUACUAGGAACAGCAGCUGCACAUCCUCUGGUGGUCUUGCGUGGGCUCCUGCUCUGUGGCUGUCAGCGAGCCUUUUACCCCAUGCUCAGGCCCCUCUUAGGGGGCAGGGUGGUGUUGGGAUGGAGUUUGGAGGUGAGCACAGCAUUCGUAGUCACUAUCACAACCUUAAAUUGUUAUUCUGCUUCUUUUUUUUUUGAGACAGAGUCUCACUCUGUCACCCAGGCUGGAGUGCAGUGGCGCGAUCUCGGCUCACUGCAAGCUCCGCCUCCCAGGCUCAAGCAAUUCUGCCUCAGCCUCCGGAGUAGCGGAACUACAGGCGCGUGCCACCACACCCAGCUAAUUUUUUGUAUUUUUAGUAGAGAUGGGGUUUCACAGUGUUAGCCAGGAUGGUCUUGAUCUCCUGACCUCAUGAUCCACCCAUGUCAGCCUCCCGGAGUGCUGGGAUUACAGACCGCACCUGGCCGUUAUUCUGCUUCUUAAAGCAAUGUUCCCCUGCCUCUCUCCAAUAUCCUGUCUCAGAACUGUCAGCCAGACUGUGCCAGGCCUGGGGCCCUCCUUGGUGCCAGCACUGCAGGGGAAAUCAGCUGCAGGUCUCCAAGGUCUUCCUGGCCUCAUUCCUUGCAGGCUCCAAACCCGGAAGUGAUGAGGAGAGGGAGGGGACUGAGGCUGUACCUUCUGGGGGAAGCACAGUUUGGAGGCACUUUCGGUCCAGCUCUCCUCUCAGCAGCCGAUUCCGGCCUUUUCCUUGUGCUGGGGUGUUAGCCCGGGCUUCCUCACCUCAGAAGGGACAGUACACAUGGGCGGGUGGCUCGGACCAUGCAGGGCUUGGCCCUGCUGUGGGCAGUACGAGGUCAUCAGUAGGUCCCAUGGGCAUUUCAGGACGGGCUUGGGAAAGUCACUGGGCUGGGGUGGAUGCUACCUCCCUCACUUUAGGCCACAGGGCUGGCCUGAGGAGCAGAGGAGGAGGAGGCCAGCCUCAGGUCCCAAUCGCUGCAUCACCAAUGUGUUGAGUGGAACCCGAGUGUUUAUUUUGUAGAAGCUGCGUUGGAGAGAGCUGGGCUCCUGGCAUUUGUGGAGCCUGUUGCUUUCCAGGAGGAUGGUCUGGGAGGAGAGCCAGGAGCUGCUGGCUGGCAUCCAGGUCUGGGCUGGAUUACAUGGCUGGGCUUGCCCAGAGCAGUGAGCCCCACCCACCACCAGCCCAUGCCUGAAGGGACAGGGAAGGAGGUCAUGGAGGGUGGGGGUGUUCCCAGAGGAGCAGCAAGCACAACCUGGGCCUCCAAAGCAGGCUGCAUGGGGGCUCCACCUUGUCACUUCUGGUGGAGGAGCUGGGCAGACCCCAUGCCCUCACAGUGAGUUUGGGAGAAUACACCCAGGUGAGGCCCUGCUGUGGAUAGGCAGGUGGUGCUGGGGGGUGGGGGAGUGAGGGUGGAGGUGCAGACUGGAGUCCCUGCUCCUGGCACACCAGUGCAUGGAGGGCGGUGCCUCCUCUAGCUCCCCCAAGCAGCUUGGCAGUUGGAAGCCAUGUGUGAGUGGCAUCCCUGGCCCUGUCUGCGUUGGGGGGGGUCAUCAGACUACAACUCUGGAGUCAGGCUUUAGGUCCUCACUCUGCUACCUACAUGCUCUUGUGACCCUAGGCAAGUUGCUUAACCCCCAAGAACCUUUAAUUUCUUAUCUGAAACUGCAGAGAUAACGCCCCGCUCACUGGGCCUGUGGGAAGAUUGAGGAGAUCAGACCUGCCCACAUGUAGGCUGCCAUCUCAUACAGGGCUGUGGCGGUGGGCGAGGUGCAGCCUUCGCCCCUUGGAGCUAUCUCUUGUCUACCAAGCCUUCCUCAGGGAGGACUCCAGGCCAUGGGGAUAGGGUGAACAAAGUCCUGGGCUUGUGACUGUGCAGGGCUGGUUGGUGUGUCCGGGGGCUGGGCCUUGGGGCACUUCUGGAUACUGGCUGCCUCCUGCCUGGCUGCCUUGUGCCUUCCAGGCAGUCUCUCCCAUGGCUUAGGGGCUCCUGGGAAGAGGCUGAGCUCACACAGGGCCACCCGUUGCAGCUGCAUCUGUCCCGGCCACACCUGAAGUAUGAGGUGACUAUAGUUGGGGGUUGGUCUGGAACCAGGGCCGAUGCUGACCUUAGACUGAAGUUUGGGAGCAGUGGCAGCAAGUCUGGGGCUCUCUCUGACCCUGGUCAGAUGUACUUAGACCUCUGGGUUGUGGAAGUUGCCUGGUGGCCCUGCCCUGCCUCGCAUGGCUUCUCAGCCUGGCAUGCUUGUCCCUCCCACCUGACAGUGGAGCUCGGGCGGGCCGUGGGCGGCCCUGCUCACUCUCAGCUGUCUUGGCGUCAGCUGGAGGGUUCUCAUUUCACUGUUACUUUUGUUUAGGCUGGGAGGUGAUUAAGGUGCUGCUCCUUGGGAGUGGGCUGGGGGGAGCUUCUCCUCAGUCCUCCAGCAUAGCUCCAGGCCUCCUGCAGGAAGCCCCUUUCUUGGUAGUAAAGGGAUAGCUUCCAGGGAGGAAGGUGGAUGAGAAGGAUCCUAGGAGGGCUAGGCGGGAUGGCCUGCUUGGGGUGGCGCCCUUUCCUGGUCUUCACCCUUCUCCCCAGGCCUCCCUCCUGGCUGGGCGUGAGCCAGAAGUUUCAGUCUGAAGGCAGGGGUAUCAUGUGGCUGAGACCACACCCUGAGUUUGACCCCCGCCUGUGGGCCUGGACGUGGGCGUGAGAUGUAUUCCUGUCUCCCAGAGUCAUGGCCUCCAGAAGGAGCCAUGUGGAGGCCCAGCACCUGGAGCAGUUCUGAAUGCCUGGCUUCUUGGAGGCCAAGGUUCUAGGCAAGGUGGGUAUCCAGGCUGGGUUGGGGCAGUGCCUCUCAGAAUUGGGGCUGGAGUUCUCUGCUUUCUGCCUCAGCAGGGAUCACUUGGAUCUGAAAACCUCCUCUCUCCUGGCCUUUGAAAGAUGCUGACCAGAGCACACUCUCCUGCCCUUUGCUGGGUGCUUAGAAGAAAGGCCUUGAGGUAACCCUGUUCCAGCCUCCCCACAGGCCCCUGCAGCCACGUGGACUGACCAGAGGCUCCACACACGGGCAGGUGUGGCCUGACCUCGCUCGCGUAGGAUCAUGGGCUAGUGGGUCCCCCAAUGGGGGGCUGCUUCGAGUGUCAGGAGGCAGCGAGGGGUGCACAGUGCCCUGGCCUCUGCCAUCCCCGUUGGUUAUUUGGCUGGUCUGUGUUUGGUGAGCGAGUAGAGGGAUCCAGAGUGCAGGGUGGUCUUGGCCUGGGGCUUUUGACUGCCCUCUGGAGAUGCACUGAGGGCCACCCAGCUGGGGAGCAGCCGGGAGGGAUAGGAACCUGUUCCCACCGUGGCGUCUUUGCCCUUCCAAUCUGCUUCACCGUCGCCCUUGAUCUCUGUGCCAGUUGGAAAAUUGAGGCAGAACCAAUACCCCUGGGUGAUCUGGAAAUCAUCAGUGGGAAGGGUUGCCUGUGCCCAAGGCUAAAGAUGACAUGUCCCUGCACACUUUCAGCCCCAGGUUUUCCUACCUUGUGGGGAGGUGAGAGGUCAGGGUGAGUGCUGGGUUUGAGGCUCAGCUGUGCUGUGUGAAGAUUGAGAGGAGCCCACCUCAUCACAUGGACAGAACGCACAGGCUCCUGGGUGGCCCUGCGGCUCCAGUGACAUAGCACAUGGUUGGGCAUACAACAGUGCCCAGGAAAGGUGACCAGGCAUUGAUGCACCCCCAGGAAGGCCACGCGCUCAGAAGGCCCCCCCCCGCUGGCUGCUGCUCACAUGGUGUCUGGGCCCUUGGCACUCCGGUGGUGCGCGUGGGCAGGGCGCGGGGACAUGGGGCCCGACAUGGAGCUGCCCAGCCACUCGAAGCAGCUCCUGCUGCAGCUGAACCAGCAGAGGACCAAGGGCUUCCUGUGUGACGUCAUCAUCAUGGUGGAGAACUCCAUCUUCCGGGCCCACAAGAACGUCCUAGCCGCCAGCAGCAUCUACUUCAAGUCCCUGGUCCUGCACGACAACCUCAUCAACCUGGACACAGACAUGGUCAGCUCCACAGUGUUCCAGCAGAUCUUGGACUUCAUCUACACAGGCAAGCUGCUGCCCAGCGACCAGCCAGCCGAGCCCAACUUCAGCACCCUCCUCACUGCCGCCAGCUACCUCCAGCUGCCCGAGUUGGCAGCCCUCUGCCGCCGCAAACUCAAGCGAGCCGGCAAGCCCUUUGGCUCUGGGAGGGCGGGGUCCGCUGGCAUGGGGCGGCCCCCCCGCAGCCAGCGGCUGUCCACGGCCUCUGUCAUCCAAGCUCGGUAUCAGGGGCUCGUGGAUGGGCGCAAGGGGGCCCACACCCCCCAGGAGCUCCCCCAAGCCAAAGGCUCAGACGAUGAACUCUUUCUUGGUGGCUCUAACCAGGAUAGCGUGCAAGGUCUGGGCCGGGCCGUCUGCCCAGCUGGCGGGGAGGCGGGUCUGGGGGGCUGCAGCAGCAGCACCAACGGGAGCAGCGGGGGCUGCGAGCAGGAGCUGGGCUUGGACCUGUCCAAGAAAAGCCCACCCUUGCCCCCUGCCACCCCAGGUCCCCACCUCACUCCCGAUGACGCAGCCCAGCUGAGCGACAGCCAACAUGGCUCGCCCCCUGCGGCCUCUGCCCCUCCCGUUGCCAACAGUGCCUCUUAUUCUGAGCUGGGGGGCACCCCUGAUGAGCCCAUGGAUCUGGAGGGGGCCGAGGACAACCACCUGAGCCUGCCGGAGGCGCCUGGUGGGCAGCCUCGGAAGAGCCUCCGGCACUCCACUCGGAAGAAGGAGUGGGGCAAGAAGGAGCCUGUGGCUGGCUCCCCCUUUGAGCGGAGAGAAGCAGGGCCCAAGGGUCCCUGCCCGGGAGAGGAGGGUGAGGGAGUCGGGGACAGGGUUCCCAAUGGCAUCCUGGCUGGUGGGGCUGGCCCUAGCGGGCCCUAUGGGGAGCCCCCCUACCCCUGCAAGGAGGAGGAGGAGAACGGCAAGGAUGCAAGUGAAGACAGUGCGCAGAGCGGGAGCGAGGGGGGCAGCGGCCACGCCAGCGCCCACUACAUGUACCGGCAGGAGGGCUACGAGACGGUGUCCUACGGGGACAACUUGUAUGUGUGCAUCCCCUGCGCCAAGGGCUUCCCCAGCUCUGAGCAGCUCAAUGCGCACGUGGAGACUCACACGGAGGAAGAGCUGUUCAUCAAGGAAGAGGGGGCCUACGAGACAGGCAGUGGGGGUGCCGAGGAGGAGGCCGAGGACCUGUCAGCACCCAGUGCGGCCUACACGGCUGAGCCCCGGCCCUUCAAGUGUUCGGUCUGCGAGAAGACCUACAAGGACCCAGCCACGCUGCGGCAGCACGAGAAGACGCACUGGCUGACACGGCCCUUCCCCUGCAACAUCUGUGGCAAGAUGUUCACGCAGCGCGGCACCAUGACGCGUCACAUGCGGAGCCACCUGGGCCUGAAGCCCUUCGCCUGCGAUGAGUGUGGCAUGCGCUUCACCCGUCAGUACCGCCUCACGGAGCACAUGCGUGUGCACUCGGGCGAGAAGCCUUACGAGUGCCAGCUGUGCGGGGGCAAGUUCACCCAGCAGCGCAACCUCAUCAGCCACCUGCGCAUGCACACCUCCCCCUCCUAGAAGCCAAAGACCCGCGGGCGCCCUCUGCCACCUUGCUCCCCGGGAACCCGUGGAAGGAGAAGCGAGGUGAUGCAGCAGCAGGGGCGAGACCCUGGGUCCAGUGGAGGCUCCGGGUGGCCCCUCUGGCCCCCACUGCCCACACCCAGAGCUUUAAUGGACAGUCCGUACCAAGCAGAGCCGAGAGGAGGGAAGCCAGGGGUCCCAGCCCGUCUACCUCCCCAUCCCACCCAGGCCCCCAGCUCCCCGCGGGGGCCACCGCAGGGCCUGUGGGCUGGGUCACGUGGGUCUCGCUGGGACCUGGUCCCUUUGUUGCAGGCGGCUUGGAGAAAGGGCAGUGGGACGCUGGCCACGGCCAGGGUGGUGUCGGGAGCAGGCCUCACCCCGCUGGCCGUGUCUGUGUGUGUGCACGUGUGCUUGUGUCUGUGCGGGCGCGUGCAGCCCUGGUUCUGCAGGGAACAGGUGCUGGGGGUGCAGAUCCCUCCCUCCUUGAGCCAGGGUGGCACUGCUCACUGGCGCUGGGACAGUCAGGGUGACCCCACCGCCUACCUCUCUACAACUAAAGAGCCCUCUGGGCCUGUGUUGCUGUUAUUCCUACUGAUCUGUUCCUCUGUUUUUCUUUUUGAUUUUUGUUUUUUAAACCAAAACAAACAAUAGCUUAUUUUCUUUCCGCCCCCUCCGGGGCUGAGCCUGGGUCUGAAGACUGAAUGUAACAGGGGCCGCUGGCACUCCUGCGCGUCCCCCGGCUCUGGCGCUGCAGGGGUGUCGGCGCGCCACCUCUCCAGGCCCCAGAAGCCCUUCUUGCCCAAAGGCUUCCCUGGUCCCUGAGCCCUGCCUCGGCUGCCUCAGGGGAGAGUGCUUUUCCUGUAGUUUCCAAGGAAUAUUCUUUGUUUAGAGGUACUUGUUUUUUAUUAAGAGAAAAACCAGUGUAACGUUUAUGUGACUGUUUGAACUGGAAGGUCUGGGGUUCCGGGGGGUGGGGGGAGGCUAGACUCAAUGCCGGGGCCGUCGGUACUCUUGUUUUCAUUUGUGUGCGCGUGCGUGUGUGUGUGUGUGUGUGCGCGCGCGUGUGUGUGUGUGUAUGUGCGGUGUGUGCCGUAUGCAUGGGCAGUUGUUUCGCUUUCCCUCCUUCCUCACUGAACAAGGUGGAGACUUCUGACCUUUUGCUACCUCUUGAAUUCAUGACAACGAUAUGUUGGUGACUGGCAGUGGAAGCCCUUGACACUCUUGUUUUCCUUCGCUUAGCACCUAGGAAGUCGUGUGCAGGAGCCAGCAGGGCGCCAAGUGGCCCAGUGCCUGCAGCUCACCUGUGGGUUUUCCCUUUGAGCCUUGGGCCACAUCCACCUCGAGGGGACCCUGGCACCCCGGGCACACAAACCUCUGUGGUAUAGGUGAGGGGUGUGAGGCCCCAGCCUGGAGCCAGGCACUGGGUGCUGACAGGGGAACCAUGAGGAGGGUGGCAGGUCUUUGCAGCUCCCGGCCAGGGUGAGGCGGAAGUGAGCCCUCAUCCUGCCACUCCUAUCCUCCAUUCCUGCAAGAGUUUUAAGCUUGAGAGAGCUGACCACAGGGCACCCCGGGGAACAGGGAUGGCACUUCCCUGAGCAGUCCUGGUCCCCGGCCACUGUCUCGGGGCCCACCUCUCGCCCCUCAUCUUGGGCUUAGCCAGCCUCAGAUACUUCUGUGGGCCCUGAAGUGGGCUCUCAAGGCCAGACCAAGGUUGCUGAUCUCAGUCCCACUGUCUUCAGCCAGCUGAAGCUGUGGGGCUGGGCUGGCAGCCUUUAUUGUCAUCUUGCUUCACCAUUUUUUUUCUCUCUCUUUUCAUUCUAUUUUAAGUUUAGACCAAAAAAAUACAGAGUCAUCCCCUACCCCCACCCCUCUAGAGACCCUCCAGCUAAAAACAGAGCCUGAGUUCAGGGACCCAAGUGGUGAGCAGCGUGUUUUGGGGGUGAGGGAGCUUGGGCAGAUGAGGCUCCUGGCUGAGCCCUCCCUGUGGUGAUCCCAGCCUAAGAUGGCCCCUCUUCCCUCCUGGUGGGAGACAGAGGACUGGACCCUGGGUCUCAGGUUCCAGCAAGUCAGGUUAGGGACCUGGGGGGAGGAGACCCAUGGACUUCACCCAUACUCAGUGAGGGGGCUCCUGCUGUCCUGACGCCACCCCGCCCCAUCAGCACUUAAGCCACACGACACAAAGUCUGUACCGCACGGGAAGUGUUCACGGCCUGGCCGUGUGCAUGGCCUCCCGGGCUGUGGGCAGCCGCAUCUGUGAGGUGACUCGUGAAAGUAGGUGAUUCCUUUGCAGAACUUCAGGGACUGGGAGCAGAGGCCCCUCACUCAAUGACGUUUGUGCGACAUAGUAUUGUAUCCACCUUAGUAUUGUAUCGAGCCUUUUCUGUAUUUUAAUGAGAAAGCAGAACACUAGUUUCCUAUUUAAGACUUUAAGGGUUUGUGGGGCGGGGCGGGAUUAACACAACAUUUGGCUUUGUUUUCUUUUUCCUUUGAUUUCCACGUCAGGUGUGUGCGAGUGUGUGUGUGUGGAGAUGUUAAGAGCCUCACAAGGAAACUGGGUUAUUGGAGGCCAAGGCGGCUUACAGUUCUCUGCGUUCGUCACUUAAUUCCUGAAUGUUUCGGAGAAACAGGAAUCAGAAAAUAGCAGAUAUCAUGUAGGAAAGAGAGGAUAAACAAAGAAAAAAGAAAAAAAAAUAAGCUCAUACCCAAAUUCACAAAGCCUAUUUUUUAAACCAAAGCACAUUUUGAAUGAGUAUGGAACCUCCAUGGGCUCAGAAAAAAGAUGCUAAUAUAUUUAUCUCAUUGUUUACAUAAGCUUUUACAGUUUCAGACCUCAGCAGCUGUAAGGCCAGUCCAGGGAACCCUCCCUUGCUGCUGGAAGCCCUUCUGAGUUGGCCCUGGAGUGGCUCACGGGCAGAGAAGGGUAGCCCUGGGGCUGGGGGAGGGAUUGGAAGCCUCCCUGGAGUCACCUGAGCCCUCGUCCCCAUUCCCAGGGCCCCUCCAAGCCCAGCUGGCACCAAAGAGCUUGGGCCCGUGCUGACCAGCCCCCAAGGCCCUCUGGCCGGACCACGCUGGUCCUGACCAGCUAGCCUACGCGGGGAUGGCCGUCAGUUCUGGCCACAGGACCCGAGUCUGGGCUUGGGUCCCCCUGCUGCUCUGCCCGUGACCCUUGGGGAUGGGUUGAUGCGAGGGUCCCACUCAAGCCAAAAAGCCGGGACCUUUGCGCAGCUCUGUCGACUCUGGUGGGUCCCCACUCCUGGGGACCCCCUAACCCCACCCCAGGCAGCGGAAGGGGCUGACUGGGUCUGGUCCUUACCAGCAUAGACGGUGCAAACACUCUUAACAGUGUUGUUUUUGUAUCAAUGUUUGUGCAGUGAUGAAUGUAUUUAUUUCUCAGACUUGGGGCGAGUGAGCGGGUGGCAGGCCGGGCUCCGCCACUGCAUGCUCCCGCCGGACCGAGCCCCAGCAAGGGCUCCUCCAGGAUUGCAAAAAAAAGAGAAAAGAUGAACCUUUAAGCAAAUAAGAAUCUCAGAGACUCGCAGCAUAGCCAUACACCUCAGCCUGUGAAAUGAACAAUCCGGACCCUCACCGACUUUCCCCACCUCAGGCAGCCCUGUGUGUUUACCGUUCAUCACCACUCGGGGGCACCGGGCCGCCCACCCACUCCCCCAAUCCGUCAGUAUUCACUGGACCUCAGGCCCUGUGCAGGAGUGCGAUCUGGGCUGGGCCGCUGGGCAGGCUGACCCCCUGCCCUCCUGCGGCCAUCCUGAGUUGGGGUGAGGCCUGGGCAGCCGGAGGGCAGGGCUCAGGGAGCAGGAGGCUGCAUCCGUCCACCCCCAGGCGUGGGGGACAAAAGCCAAAGGUGCCAGGCCUUAGAGCAGACAAGGGCUCUCAGCCCUGGCAUGCCCCCUAAAGGGACCAAGGUCCUCCUAUUUCCCAGAACCCCGUUGGGGCAGAUGUUACUGAACCUGUGAAUCAGACGCCAGGAGUGAGGGCUGGGGAGGGACCUAACUGGAGCCUCAGUCUGACAUUCCACGCCGGGGUGGGGGUGGGCAUGAGCGGUGGGAACUGAGGCUGCCCAGGACCCCCUUCCUAGGAUGCCCCGGCUUCAGUCACCCCACUUUAACUUUCUACCAGGACCCCCUCCCCCUACCUCACCUUGCUAUUUAUUGCUGUAAUUUAUUGACCUCAAAAAUGCUGCAUAACAGACCUCACUGGGGCAGGGAGGAUCCCCAGGGCUCCCACCCUCCACUUGGCGGGCCCCGUGGGGCCAGGUGCUGAGGGGAGCCUCUCUACCCCACCCAUCACUAGCUUCCCUCUGCCCUCCCCCACCCCGGGGGGACCCAGGUUGGGCACUGGCUCAUUUCUCGCAAAUACCUCGAAGGGGAGGGGGGAGGGAUGGGGUUAUAGCUGUUUUGUUUAAUUGGAACUGGAAGAGGGAUCAUGUUUUGUUUUAUGCCCUUCCCAGAAGGGGGGAGGGACACCGGGAUCGCACUCCUGUACUGGCCACCGCCGCUGUCACUUGUCACAUUGAGUUCAUGUCCCUUGAGAGUUUGUAUAAAUUCAGGUCAGAGCUGCAGCUACACAGCUGCCCAGUGUCAUAGAAAAGCAAUUCACCAACGACUGAUCUCUCCAUUCAGAAGUGUGCAGUCUUAAAUGUACAGCGAUAAGAAACUGUUAUUUUAUGAUCUUUUCAUUAAAAGCUUGAUUGAAAACUC